GCCAUGGCAGGCUUGAGAGAAUUGCAGGCCAAAAACCAAUAGUUCAAUACCGACCCCCACACCCCCCCCCAAGAAAAAAAGCUGAAGAGAAAAACGAAAAAUAGUAACUAUAAGAAAAAUAAAACGAUGGGCAGAGUUGAAGAAAAAAAGCGAUGUAAAUUUUUUAGGCAUUUGAAGCUUUAAUGUGGAAUGGGGCCAUGGAAUCCAAGGCCAACAACAGAGAUCGGUGCGGUUGCUCUUCUUCUUCGUCGAUCUGUUCAGUAACUUAUUGCUUCUAGUCCCUGCAUAUAGAUCUAUAGCACUUCAUAAUGUCGGAACCAAGCUCAGUAGACGUGAUUUUGGACUUUCUGAGGAGAAAUCGCUUUACUAGAGCUGAGGCGGCUUUGCGUAGUGAACUCGGUAACCGACCUGAUUUGAAUGGAUUCCUUCAGAAACUUACCCUUGAAGAAAAGGACUCUGGCAAGGUUCUAGAAGAAGAAAAGGGGAAAAAAACAGUGGGUGAAAGUCAUGGUUUAGGUUCUCAAAACAGUGGUGAGGUUUCUAAGGAACUUAUAAUAAAAGAGAUAGAGUGUGGGGCUGGCAGAAAUGGGUCUGAAAGCAAAUCGAGAAAUGCUGUUUCUACUGGGGAGCAUAAUAAACCUAAUGAAGCAAAAGUGAUAAGUGAUAAGAGUUUCACUUUCUCUAAAAAUUUAGAGGAGACUGUACUUAAUUUGCAGUCAAGGAACUUAAAUACUACCAAUCACUCUGAUCUAUACAAAAAUGGUGGUUUUGAUAAUCGCACUAGCUUUUUGGAGCUAGAGAAACAAGACCUGUCAAGAUGUGGUACAGCUGAAGCUUCUGAAACAGAUAAAGGUAAUGUUAAGUAUGGAGAAGAGAUUAUGUUUCCAGGUGAAGUCAAAAGUUCAUGGCUUCGGAAUACUAGCAAAGCUAAUGUAGAUUCCAAGUAUGAUAAGUUUCAUGCCAGUGAAACUAAGGAGCUUGAUCAGCAUUAUAAGACAACCAGUGCAUACUUGAUGGAAAACUUUGCUGAUAAUAGCAGAUGGUCUAGAACUGAGGAACCCGCUAGUGCGUCUUCAGAGAUAUGGAAAAAUUGUUCUGUUAAGACUGUUUUCCCAUUCCCUGAGGGGGAUGUUUCUAUCAGAUAUGAUGUUGUUAAUACUUCAGAAAAGAGAGAAGGGAAACAGAAGGCAUGUGCACCUGAUGUUAGGGCAGCAAUUAAGGAACAGGUAGAUGAGGUUGGAAGGGCUCUAUUCUUUGGGAAGUCUCAAGGAGCUGCUCAGCAAAAAGGAAAAAAUGGGUUAGUCGUCCCUCUUGCAUCUGAAAAUCCAAAGGAAGAGUUUCCUAGGUUGCCACCAGUUAAACUCAAGUCGGAGGAGAAGUCGUUGAAUGUCAAUUGGGAGGAAAAAUAUGAGCGUGAUGUCCCAGGUGCAAAGCUCACUAGUGCUGACAAUGCAUUCCUUAUAGGGUCCUAUCUGGACGUUCCCAUUGGGCAAGAGAUAAGCUCUUCAGGUGGAAAAAGGAAUGCUGGAGGUAGUUGGCUCUCUGUGAGUCAGGGCAUUGCAGAAGAUGCAUCUGAUCUGGUUUCUGGUUUUGCUACUAUUGGUGAUGGAUUGAGUGAAUCUGUUGAUUAUGCAAAUGAGUAUUGGGACUCUGAUGAAUAUGAUGAUGAUGAUGAUGUUGGUUACAUGAGGCAACCUAUCGAGGAUGAAGCCUGGUUUCUAGCUCAUGAAAUUGAUUAUCCUAGUGACAAUGAGAAGGGAACUGGGCAUGCCAGUAUUCCUGAUCCACAAGAAAGAAGUCAAACCAAGGAUGAAGAAGAUGAUCAAUCAUUUGCGGAGGAUGAUUCUUACUUCUCUGGUGAACAUUAUAUCCAGGCAAAGAAUGUUGAACUUGUUGCAGCUUCUGAUGAUCCUAUAGGGCUGUCUGGAACUGAAAUGAAUAGCAGGACCCGUGAGAAUGAUUUAAUUGCCCAAUAUGAUGGGCAGUUAAUGGAUGAAGAGGAGCUUAAUUUGAUUCGCUCUGAACCUGUUUGGCAGGGAUUUGUCACAAAGAGAAAUGGCCUUAUCAUGCUAGAGGAUGGGAAAGUUCUUAACGAGAGUGGGAGAUCUCGGCUGGAUGAUAUAUAUAUAGAUGAUGAACAGCAUGGUUCAGUUAGGUCUAUUGGUGUGGGAAUCAACAGUGAUGCUGCUGAUAUUGGCAGUGAAGUACGUGAAAGUUUAGUUGGAGAAAGUAGUGAAGGGGAUUUUGAAUAUUUUCAUGAUCACGAUGUUGUUGGAGGGUCUAGACAAAGUCAUCAUGAGAAAGACAGGAAAAAUAUUGAUAAAUCAAUUAGGGAUAAAAGGAAAACUGGAAAAAAUGAUACAAAUAAGUAUGUUACUGGGAAUGAUAAAGGUCUGACUUGCCAGGUGAAGAAUCUUGCAGAUAGGGGAUUUUCUUUUCCCCCUCCACUAAGAGAUGGGCAGUCGGUGCAGGCUGGUUCUAGUAAGUCUCAAUGGUCAAGUAAUUGUAAUGCAGCUGGUGAUGAACAUGAUGAUUGUUUGAGUGCUUUGAUGGGGUCUGAUGAUAUGCUUGCUACAUGGAGACGAAAAAGCAGUGAUUCUUCAGCCGGAAAAUGUUCUAGGGAUGAAAACAAUGGCAAUGCUGUAAUAUCUGCAAAUUCCAGUCCUUCUAGUCUAUCUAAUUAUUGUUAUGAUGAACAAGAGCAGACAAAGAUAAAAGAAGGGAAAACUAGUGGUGUGAGAGAAGAUCCUGGGAUCUCACUUGAGGAUGAAGAGGUUGCUGCUGUCCAAGAGCAAGUGAGGCAAAUUAAAGUGCAGGAGGAGGAAUUUGAGACCUUCAACCUGAAGAUUGUGCAUAGGAAAAACAGAACUGGAUUUGAGGAGGACAAGAAUUUCCAUGUUGUUUUGAACUCUGUUAUAGCUGGGCGCUAUCAUGUCACUGAGUAUCUUGGAUCAGCUGCUUUUAGUAAAGCUAUACAAGCACAUGACCUACACACUGGCAUGGAUGUCUGUGUCAAAAUUAUAAAGAACAACAAGGAUUUUUUUGAUCAAAGCCUUGAUGAAAUUAAGCUUCUCAAGUAUGUUAACAAACAUGAUCCAGCUGAUAAGCAUCACCUUCUCCGAUUGUAUGAUUACUUUUACUACCGAGAGCAUUUGCUAAUAGUGUGUGAACUUCUCAAGGCAAACUUAUACGAGUUUCAUAAAUUUAAUAGGGAAUCAGGUGGAGAAGUCUACUUCACAAUGCCAAGAUUGCAGUCAAUUACCAUUCAGUGUUUGGAGGCUCUUCAGUUUUUGCACAGCCUUGGCCUAAUACAUUGUGAUCUGAAGCCGGAAAAUAUCUUAGUGAAAAGCUAUAGUAGAUGUGAGGUGAAGGUCAUUGAUCUUGGGAGCAGUUGUUUUGAGACGGAUCAUUUAUGCUCCUAUGUUCAAUCCAGGUCCUAUCGGGCUCCAGAGGUUAUCCUAGGGCUUCAAUAUGAUAAGAAGAUUGAUAUUUGGUCACUUGGCUGCAUCUUGGCUGAACUUUGUACUGGCAAUGUCCUGUUCCAAAAUGAUUCACCUGCGACAUUACUUGCGAGGGUAAUUGGAAUCAUAGGUCCCAUUGAACAAGGCAUGCUUGCAAAAGGACGGGAUACAUACAAAUAUUUUACCAAGAAUCACAUGCUUUAUGAACGUAAUCAGGAGACCAACAGACUAGAAUAUCUGAUACCCAAGAAGACAUCGCUGAGGCAUCGAUUGCCUAUGGGGGACCAGGGCUUUAUCGAUUUUGUUGCUCAUUUGCUUGAAGUAAACCCAAAGAAGCGCCCUUCUGCAUCAGAGGCUCUGAAGCAUCCAUGGCUAUCAUACCCAUAUGAACCGAUAUCAGCUUGAGUUGCAUGCAGAUUUGCUUGACUCUUAUUGACUGGGGAAGGUGUAUUUUAUUACUGGCUCGGAGUUGGUUUUGAUCUAUUUGAAGUCAUCACUGUCAGCCCCCUUCACAUGCCUGCAAAAUGCAAUUGAAAGGUGUGUUUGAUUUUGUUUGGUUAUAAAUAUUUUAUGUUUUUAUUUCCUUUCCCCCCAUAUUAAAGUAGUACUUAAUUCAACACUAUGAAGGAUGUAAUUUUGAAACGGUGUAUCCCGAAGAGGUUUCCUUCAUCAACGAGGUGGAAGGGGAAUCUGAUCUUGUUGUA